AUGUACAGGUCCAAGAAAAAUAUUCUUUUAGUCAUCGCCGAUGACCUGGGACGUACGUUACCCUGCUAUGGCGACAAAGCCGUCAAGACCCCGCAUAUCGAUGCGCUCGCCAACGAAGGCACCGUCUUCGAAAAUGCAUUCGCGAGCACUGCCUCCUGCAGUGGAAGUCGAUCUGUCAUAUAUACAGGCCUGCAUACUCAUGAAAAUGGCCAGUACGGUCUCAAUCACUUCACUCACCACUUCAUGACGUUCGAUCAUAUCCAAACUGCGCCUGGAAUUCUUCAGAAUCACGGCUAUUUGACCGCCAUCAUUGGCAAGAUCCAUGUCGGUCCUCUCGCCGUGUACCCUUGGGAGCAUGUGGUGGAGAGCCCUAGUCGAGACGUUGCGUGGGUCGCGGAGCAGUCUGCGUCUUUCUUCGAAGAAGCAAAGAAUGGUGACCGGCCAUUCUUUCUCACGGUCGGUUACAUGGAUCCCCAUCGAGAUCACACUCGUGGUGGGUUUGGAAACGGCGAUCGAGAAGUCUCUGCACCAGAUGCCUGUUACGACUCUGAUGCGGUGACCGUUCCAGAAUUCUUGAGCGACAUUCCUGAGGUCCGACAUGAAUUAGCCGAAUACUACCGGGCGAUCGGCCGUGUCGAUCGAGGGCUUGGUUUGAUCAUGGACACCCUUAGGAAGAAUGGCUUCGAUGAAAAUACCAUGGUCAUUUUUAUGAGCGACAACGGCCCACCAUUCCUCAACUCCAAGACAACACUCUAUGAUGCCGGUAUCCGUCUACCUCUCAUCAUCCGGCAACCAGGCUGCGGUUCCGGCUCGAGGAAUCCAAAUAUGGUGUCCUACAUCGACAUUUUGCCCACAAUUCUGGACUGGGCCGGGUACAAGGACGUUAAACAAACAGACCCGCCUCGCCUGGGGCGCUCGUUACUACCUAUCAUGGCAAGUCCCACGAUCGAUGAAUCGUGGACGCGAGUGUUUGGAUCCCACACAUUCCAUGAAAUCACCAAUUACUAUCCCACGCGAUUUCUCCGCACAACUCGAUACAAGUACCACCGAAACGUUGCUUGGAAACUUGAUUUUCCCUUCUCUACAGACCUGUACGCCUCCAUGUCAUGGGAGGGGAUUCGAAAUGCCCCUGGGCCAGUGAUGAUUGGAAAACGGGCGCUGAAAUCCUAUAUUGAGCGUCCGCCAGAAGAAUUGUAUGACAUGCUCAACGAUCCUACAGAAAUCACCAAUAUCGCCUCUGAUCCUAGGCACCAAGACCUACUGAGGAGCCUGCGCGGUGAGUUAGAAGACUGGCAAAGAAGAACCAAAGACCCUUGGCUAUUCCGGGAUGGAGUCUCCUUGCUGGAAAUGGGCGGACAUCUCAAGGCAGGAUUGCAAGUUCCCGAUCGAUUUGAUUUCGAUGUUUCAGCACCGCAGUCAAGACCAUGA